GUUCCUCUCUGCUAGAAGGCGGACAAAGCUGCCUUGGGCAGCAAAGUCAAUUGCAGCCAAUUUGAAGCACAUAUGGAGCGUCUGGAUAAGAGGAUGCAGGAAUUGCAGAGCCAGAUUUCAGGCCAGGAGGAGCACUGGAACAAUAUGCAGCAGCAGCUCAGCUGUGUGGUGGAAGAAAAGCUGGGUCGCCUGGAGCUGAAGGCUUUCAGCUCCCAGAUGGAGGAGACAUGGAACAGGAACAUAGAGGAACUUGAGAACAGGCUGUUGCGUGAAAACGCUGCUGGGAUCAAGAAGCAGCUGCCAGUCCCUUUCACGUGCCUGUCCUGUGACCGCAUGCUCACCGUGCAGGUCCCUGGCCAGUACCCCGAGACACUCCCGUAUUUGCCGCCGCUGCCCCCCAGCAAGGAGCCACCGCACAGCCAAAGGAGGCCGGUGGCCCAUGGCAGGUUUCCCCGUGUGCCACAGAGCUCUGGGGACCAUCAGAGCAGCAGCUCCAUGGUGCAGAACAUCAGGGCUUCCCUACAGAGAAGCAGUCAGCAACAGGCCUUCUUGACAGUCCAGAAAAAGCCCAAUGUGACCCAGCUGCUGGACAGUGAUGGACACAUCUCAAGGGGCCGUAAUGACCAGCAUCCUACAGCGAUCAGGACACAGGAUGCAUCAGGCCCUGCCGCCUCACGAGGGCCCCGGCCAAGCACAGCCCCCCGACACAUCUCAAGUGCACCAGGGCUCGUCCAGCCUCUCCAGCCCCUCCGGACAUCCACAGCCCCCAGCCAGCUGGAAAGGACUCAGCGCCCAGUGUUCGAUCUGGGACAUCUCGUCAGAAGCGGGAAACGCCUGUGA